AUAUUUGUUUGGUGGUUUUUACUCUGGACAUUUAGUUCUGAUACACUGAGCAGCCUUUCUCCGCUCUGCUCAGCCGUUCAGAUCCACUAGAGGGCAGCGUUACCAGGUUCUGAGCUCUGCUGUGGUUCUGUGUUCAAGCACUCUGUCGCUCCACAGACCAGGUCCCAUCAGGUGUUCUUGUCUCCCAGGCAGAACAAAUGAGAAACGUUUAUCCGGUUGUUGAACAGCUGCAGCGUUCCCUCCAGAUCCCGGUCUGAAUCAUUCCGACUGGUUCUAGCAUGACACAGUCUGAGUUUGGACUGGUUUUAAUGGGACGGCCCAUCACCAGGCUCAGUGAGGGGAGGAGCUCCACUCUGACAGACUUUGUGUUGGAGCUGAAGAGCUGCUGCGUUCUCUCUGUUCUUCUGUCAGUACCAGGGAAAACAAUGCAGCUGCUGCUUUUCUCCUGCAUGAUGAUGAUCUUCUGCCUUCAGCCAGGAUCCUCUGAGGAUUUACUGACACCAUUUAAAGACGAUCAACUGGAUUUGGAAGGAAACGACGUGACUCUGUCCUGCAACUAUUCAGGAACAGUAAACCUGCUGCUGUGGUAUCGACAGACGCCCAGUUCAUCUCCACAGCUGGUCACCUCAGGAUAUUCAGACACAACAGGAAGGCUUUCUUUGAGACACGAGAAAACAAGAAAGACGUUUCAUCUGCUGAUCUCCUCUGCUGCAGUGACAGACUCUGCUGUGUACUACUGCGCUGUGGAGCCCACAGUGACAGGAAACACCAGAACCCUGUACAAAAACCUGCAGUACUCCACAGCAGCCACUAGAGGGCCUCACUCCCUGUUAAUCUACUGGUUGUUGAGUGUUUGGACAGAAGACAAAGACAACAGUGACAUCAUGUUGCAACUGAACUUGGUGCAGAAAUAAUCCAAGAAGUCUGCAGACAUGUGUAACGCCUGACAUUCUGCUUCCCAGAGUCUGAGAGACUUUCUAAAAUAUGUGAUCUUUAACUAUUCAAAUCUUAGAGAAAUUCUUUCCUCUUCUGUUCUCUUUAGUCAUGUGUCCCUUCAGGCGCACCGUAUGGAGAAGCUGGCUGCCUACAUAGGCCAUGAAAAGGGUUUCUGGAGAUGCUGUCAUAGUUGCUGAAUUGACUAUCAGAUCACAGAGGCAUCAACACAGGCAGGUUGCAUUAAUAAAAUAUGAACAUGUGUUUCAACGUGUUAGAUUUUUUGCAUAGACAUGAGUGUGAAUGUGUUUCUGGUUGAAGAGUGAGACCAUUUGUUGCCUGGAAUUGCAAAAAUGUGACAAGGAAGAGAUCAGCAGAAAUCUUGCAGCAUGAAGCCAAGAGCAGCCAGAAGCAGUUAGCGUUGGAUCCUGGAGGCAGCAGCAGGCAGAUACCAGCAACCCUCAGAGGAGCUACGGGUCGGACUUGGAGGCAGGUCGGCAGCCCCGACGCCACGGAGACUCAGUACCAAACCUCCUAACCCAGUCUGGCACCGCAAACCCCAACGAAGGAUCAGGCCCACAACCCGGCGUCCGUUAGCCUAGCCUAACCUCCCCCCCACUGCCUACAGCGUCCGAAACCUGUUGGGCAGGAAUCAGCUGUUAGCGUUGGCCAGGACUGACAAAGACCAAGCGGGGAGAGAUGAGGUCACUGUGACAUCACCACUAGGGCUGUGACCAUUUCUCAAAUGAUUUGAAAAUUCCCCGAGGAAAUGAUCUGCCUUGAAACUUCGUUAAAUUAAGUUUUGUUAUUUAGCCACCGUGUUCCGGCCUGGUGUUUAUUCAUGAUGCGCAGCGCUCUAACCCUAACCUUUGACCCUGUUCCUCCUGAGACCAACAAUAAUCUCCUUUGUUUUCUUUACAUUUCAGAUGAUUUGACUGUUCCCUCCGUGACCCGAAGCGGUCCACCAGCUCUCUGUACUCAGCCUCUUGUCUGUCUCUGAUAAACCAGCAACUGCAGAGUAAUCUGAGUAUUUCUGUAAUCUGAGUAUUUCUGUAAUCUGAGUAUUUCUGUAAUCUGAGUAUUUCUGUAAUCUGAGUAUUUCUGUAGAUGACAGAAGUCAGUCUUGUGCUGGACGUCUGAAGUGUAGAGAGAGAAAAGGAGCCGAGAUAGACGCUCAGUCCUCCAGUCUCUACCUGUGGUCUGUCAUCAGGUCAUCAGCUGGU